CACUUUGCCAAAGCACAGCCCCCACACCACUAGAGGGAUAUCUUAUAUUAUAUUUUGUGUAUUUUUUUGUGUGUUAUCCGGGGGCCUGUGUGAAUUUAAUUAUGCUCUCUCUAAUUCCCUUCUCACACACAGAGGACCUGAGCCCUAGGACCAUGCCUCAGGACUACCUGGCAUGGUGACUCCUUGUUGUCCCCAGUACACCUGGCCGUGCUGCUGCUCCAGUUUCAACUGUUCUGCCUGCGGCUAUUUAACCCUGACCUGUUCACUGUGAUUACUAUUAUUUGACCAUGCUGGUCAUUUAUGAACAUUUGAACAUCUUGGCCAUGUUCUGUUACAGUCUCCACCCGGCACAGCCAGAAGAGGACUGGCCACCCCUCAUAGCCUGGUUCCUCUCUAGGUUUUGGCCUUUCUAGGGAGUUUUUCCUAGCCACCGUGCUUCUACACCUGCAUUGCUUGCUGUUUGGGGUUUUAGGCUGGGUUUCUGUACAGCACUUUGAUAUAUCAGCUGAUGUAAGAAGGGCAAUAUACAUUUAUUUGAUUUGUUUUGAUCGCAACAGGCCGGAAGUCAAACUCACGGAAAUGGAGAUGGGAGGGGCUACAAUGUGGUACUUUCAGACGCAUGAAAGUAACCUUUACUACACAGGCGUUCAAAACGUGUCACCAUUUCGUGCGUCAAAGUACAAUAUUCAAACGUUCUAAUCACCUGUAAAUGCACUCUGAACAGGUGUAAUGAACACUUGUAAAAAUGCCCAUAACAAGCGGUAAAAUCAAAGCGAUUUGAAACUCUUGGCCUUCCAAAUUCGGAACAAGCGGACACGAGCAUUUAUUUCAGAGAGCGUUCCGUAAGCCACGCCCCAGUGGGCAGAGCUAGGCAUGUUGGACUGGGACACGUUUUAAUAUAAUAAAGCCUCUCAUUCUACAAUGGGUCAGCCUUGGUUCUGUGUAGACUAGUUAUGCUAAUACAUUUGAGACCAGUGCAUUGAAGUUAAUUUCUUCUUUGACCUAAUCAGUGAAAUAUCCUUGAGUAGUAAGCAGGGAAACAACGAGUCCCAGACAGUUCAAUAGAACAUACCAGAGGAGGGCAUCGUUUACUAGGCUAUCAUUUAUUAGGAUCAUCUAAUACCACCAGUGUUGGGAAUACAUUGAGUUCGUUGACAAAACAGACCGUGGAAAGCCUUUUCUUACACAGAUUUAUUUGUCAACGGUCCACCAUGGACCUAUGUAACUAUGCGAUUUAAAUUGGAGAUCAUUUUAUAGCAGUAGCAUAAAAUAGAUGUGGUAGUUGCAGCAGCAUAUUUGGGUGUGAGAGAUUUUAGUGCAGAAGAAGUUGAGGGAAGUGGUUCCAUCCUCCAAGGCAGACGGCCUGGUGUAGGAUCGUUUAAGGCCAAAGUAGUGGGAUGGUGUGCAGGAGAUGUUCACCCCUCCGCGUCCAGACUGCAAAUGAAUCGCGCAUGCGGGAAGCCGCCGCUGGCUGAUCCCGCCCUCGUUUACAUUUCAAAAAACUAUUAACCUGAAUUUGGGCCAGACGAGGUACCAUAUUUUUCUCACAUUGCCAUUGACAGUUUUUUUUUGUCUCUUUUUGGUCCAUUUAGAUUGUAUACACAAAAAUGUAAGAAAUGUUAUGGUUAAAAAUGUUCAUGUUUUACUGUGACUUGUUGUUGGCUCCUAAGUGGACCAUAAGGUUAAAAACCAAACAAAAUUAAGAAAUAAAUUUAAAAAAAAAUUUAAAAACGAAGUAACUCCGCCAGUGUCGCUUUUGGGUCACUUUUUCCGGUCCCAAGCCCGGAUAAAGGAGGAGGGUUGGAAUUGUGACAUAAAAUAAAACAAUAAUCGACAGAAAAAAAGUUCAUUUGUUGUUCUAAACAUAUUUAGAGUGUUUUUAACUCACUUUUUGUCUCUCCCACAGCGUCCAUCACAAUUAUGCAAAUUAGGCGAUGGCGUCAAUUGGCGACUUUUAGGACCGCCAAUAUAGGCACUUUUUCUGAAAGACUAGCCAAAUUUCCAUAUCGAUCAAUGUGAUUUUCACUUCUUUCCACAGAUUCUCGAUUGGAUUCAGGUCUGGACUUUGACUUGGCCACUCUAACACCUGGAUAUGUUUAUUUUUGAACCAUUCCAUUGUAGAUUUUGCUUUAUGUUUUGGAUCAUUGUCUUGUUGGAAGACAAAUCUCCGUCCCAGUCUCAGGUCUUUUGCAGACUCCAUCAGGUUUUCUUCCAGAAUGGUCCUGUAUUUGGCUCCAUCCAUCUUCCCAUCAAUUUUAACCAUCUUCCCUGUCUCUGCUGAAGAAAAGCAGGCCCAAACCAUGAUGCUGCCACCACCAUGUUUGACAGUGGGGAUGGUGUGUUCAGGGUGAUGAGCUGUGUUGCUUUUACGCCAAACAUAACGUUUUGCAUUGUUGCCAAAAGUUCAAUUUUGGUUUCAUCUGACCAGAGCACCUUCUUCCACAUGUUUGGUGUGUCUCCCAGGUGGCUUGUGGCAAACUUUAAACGACACUUUUUAUGGAUAUCUUUAAGAAAUGGCUUUCUUCUUGCCACUCUUCCAUAAAGGCCAGAUUUGUGCAAUAUACGACUGAUUGUUGUCCUAUGGACAGAGUCUCCCACCUCAGCUGUAGAUCUCUUCAGUUCAUCCAGAGUGAUCAUGGGCCUCUUGGCUGCAUCUCUGAUCAGUCUUCUCCUUGUAUGAGCUGAAAGUUUAGAGGGACGGCCAGGUCUCGGUAGAUUUGCAGUGGUCUGAUACUCCUUCCAUUUCAAUAUUAUCGCUUGCACAGUGCUCCUUGGGAUGUUUAAAGCUUGGGAAAUCUUUUUGUAUCCAAAUCCGGCUUUAAACUUCUUCACAACAGUAUCUCGGACCUGCCUGGUGUGUUCCUUGUUCUUCAUGAUGCUCUCUGCGCUUUUAACGGACCUCUGAGACCAUCACAGUGCAGGUGCAUUUAUACGGAGACUUGAUUACACACAGGUGGAUUGUAUUUAUCAUCAUUAGUCAUUUAGGUCAACAUUGGAUCAUUCAGAGAUCCUCACUGAACUUCUGGAGAGAGUUUGCUGCACUGAAAGUAAAGGGGCUGAAUAAUUUUGCACGCCCAAUUUUUCAGUUUUUGAUUUGUUAAAAAAGUUUGAAAUAUCCAAUAAAUGUCGUUCCACUUCAUGAUUGUGUCCCAGUUGUUGUUGUUUCUUCACAAAAAAAUACAGUUUUAUAUCUUUAUGUUUGAAGCCUGAAAUGUGGCAAAAGGUCGCAAAGUUCAAGGGGGCCGAAUAUUUUCGCAAGGCACUGUAUAUGGAAUAAUCAGGAUAUAUUGUAUAGAAAUACUUCUUUGUUUUUAGAAUAUUGGUCCCGAAAUAAUAUCCUAUUGGUGAGCCAACUGGUAAAUUCAAAGGGUCUUUUACUCAGUUAUAAGGAAUUCUUAUCACUUUACAAGGUCCCUGUAACACCUAAAGAUUUUGCAAUUGUUUUAGAUGCCAUUCCUUCAGGUGUUGCUUUAUUAUGCAGGAACGUGUCAAGACCUGACCCUCAGUGCCUACCUUCCGUUGACCCUGUUGACUCAUCAGUAGGAAAGAUUUGUUUCACUUUUGGUCCAUUCAACAACAGAGCGAUAUGAACCUUGUUUCAGCAGGAUGUUGUAUCUAUACUUUAUGUCAUGCCUUAUUGGAAUGGAUUUAUUGAUAUCUGUUGGGAAAAAGUUUGGCUGUUGCCACACACAUACCUACUUGUUAACAAAAUUUAAGGAAGUUUCCUUUAAAAUUAUUCAUAAAUAUUAUCCUGCCAACCACUAUAUGAAGCUUAAAGAAAACAUCAACUCAAAUUGGUACUUUUUUAAUGACCACCCAGAGACAGUGUUGCAUCUUUUUUGACAUUGUAUUUAUGUAAGAAAAUUGGGGCAAGACCUCAGUAGAUUUAUAAUUGAACACAUUUAUGAAGAACUUACACUAUUGUGGAGAGAUGUACUGCUUGGAGUCUUUACAUACGAUAGAAAUAAGCUGAAACAUUUUUAUGUAAUUCAUUUCAUUAUUCUUUUGGCCAAAUUUCAUAUUCACAAAUGUAAAUUUACAAACAAAAAAAAUACAUUUUCUUACCUUAAAAGAAAUUGAACUGUAUUUUAAGACAAUGAAAUACUCUACUAACAAAAAAGCUGUUAGAAUUAUAAGUGUAUGUAUGUCCCUUAAGGUCCUUGUGUAAUGUGAUAUUGUACCCUCUAGCACAAUUAUCCAUUGUAUAUUAUUCAUAUAUACUUGUGUUCCCUCAUGUACUUCCUGUAUUGAUUUGUUGUUAAUAAAAAAAAAUUGGCAAAAAAGACAGCCAAUAGCUACUUUCCUUACUGAGGAGUUGGCAACACUGCCUCUGUUGCAGUGGUGGAACAGGAAGUUCCGGGAAGGCGCCAGAACUGUGUGGUGAAGACGAUAUAUUUAGUGUCCGUUUCACAUGUAUUACUACAGGCUGACCAAGGUCAAGUCUGAGGUUUGUAACAUUAACAGUGAGGACAAACCCAGCCUGCCUCUCUCCUUCCACACCGAGUCCAAACCUACAGUCACUGGGUCCUGAUUGUAACAGUGGAGCCCAGUUUGCACUGCAGGAUCCAGAGAUGGCAUCAGUGAAGCUGGAAAACUGCAGUCAAACACUGGAGCUGAAUGUCAACAUUAAAGAUGAAGAAGAGGAGGAGAAGAUUGGGAAAUCUGUUUAUCACGGUCGACUCAGGUCAAGUCUGAGGCCAGUAACAUCAACAGUGAGGACAAACCCAGCCUGCCUCUCUCCUUCCACACGGAGUCCAAACCUACAGUCACUGGGUCCUGAUUGUGACAGUGGACCCCAGUUUGCACUGCAGGGUCCAGAGAUGACAUCAGUGAAGCUGGAAGACUGCAGUCAAACACUGGAGCUGAAUGUCAACAUUAAAGAUGAAGAAGAGGAGGAGAAGAUUGGGACAUCUGUUAAUCAUGUGGUGGAACAGGACGUUCAGAACUGUGUGGUGAAGACGAUAUAUUUAGUGUCCGUUUCACAUGUAUUACUACAGUCACUGGGUCCUGAUUGUGACAGUGGAGCCCAGUUUGCACUGCAGGAUCCAGAGAUGGCAUCAGUGAAGCUGGAAGACUGCAGUCAAACACUGGAGCUGAAUGUCAACAUUAAAGAUGAAGAAGAGGAGGAGAAGAUUGGGAAAUCUGUUUAUGAUGGCCGACUCAGAUCAAGUCUGAGGCCGGUAACAUCAACAGUGAGGACAAACCCAGCCUGCCUCUCUCCUUCCACACUGAGUCCAAACCUACAGUCACUGGGUCCUGAUUGUGACAGUGGAGCCCAGUUUGCACUGCAGGAUCCAGAGAUGACAUCAGUGAAGCUGGAAGACUGCAGUCAAUCACUGGAGCUGAAUGUCAACAUUAAAGAUGAAGAAGAGGAGGAGAAGAUUGGGGAAUGUGUUAAUCAUGGAGACCAUGUUGAGACAUUCUCUACAUCCAGAGAGCAACAGCAGGAAGAUCACAGAGCUAAGAGGUCUCACCACUGCCCACAUUGCCGACCAAGGUCAAGUCUGAGGUUUGUAACAUCAACAGUGAGGACAAACCCAGCCUGCCUCUCUCCUUCCACACUGAGUCCAAACCUUCAGUCACUGGGUCCUGAUUGUGACAGUGGAGCCCAGUUUGCACUGCAGGAUCCAGAGAUGGCAUCAGUGAAGCUGGAAGACUGCAGUCCAACACUGGAGCUGAAUGUCAACAUUAAAGAUGAAGAAGAGGAGGAGAAGAUUGGGAAAUCUGUUAAUCAUGGCAAAGGCAGGUUCUAUCUUACUAAGUUAUGACCCAGUCUAUUUCUAUUGUAAAUUCUGUAAUUCUGCCAUCACAUCCCUGAAGAACAUCAGACUGUACAACAAAGCUUGUGUUGUUCUUUCCAACACCAGUAUUGUCAGCAUUUGUUUUAUUCACUUGGCUACCUGGAGUGAUCAGAGUGUAGACUAAAGAAGUGAAGUAGACAAACUACCAGUGUUUUAAUGUUCUAUGAAAUGAGUCUGUGUAGUUACUAACCCCUGUGAUAGUGAGUGGAGGAUGAUAUGAAAUGAGUCUGUGUAGUUACUAACCCUUGUGAUAGUGAGUGGAGGAUGAUAUGAAAUGAGUCUGUGUAGUUACUAACCCUUGUGAUAGUGAGUGGAGGAUGAUAUGAAAUGAGUCUGUGUAGUUACUAACCCCUGUGAUAGUGAGUGGAGGAUGAUAUGGCUCAUCAUUUUCACUCCUUUUUGCAAUCAGCUGUUGUCCACUUUUAAAAUGGUUGUAUUCCCCUUUUGUAUUGGACAGUACAGAGCCUUCAGAAAGUAUUCAUACCCCUUGACUUAUUCCACAUUUUAUGUUACAGCCUAAAUUCAAAAUGGAUGAAAUUGAUAUUUAAUAUACCCAAUACCUAAUAAUAACAUACAUAAUGUAUUUACAAAUUUAUACAAAUUGAAGUGCAGAAAUAUCUCAUUUACAUAAGUAUUCACACCCCCGAGUCAAUACUUUGUAGAAACACCUUUGGCAGCAAUUACAGCUGUGAGUCUUUCUGAGUAAAUCUCUAAGAAUUUUGCACACCUGGCUGGUACAAUGUUGUACAAAUUCUUUAAGCUCUGUCAAGUUGGUUGUUGAUCAUGGCGAGACAUCGAUUUUCAUGUCUUGCCAUAGAUUUUGCAAUAA